AUGCCUCAGACCGAUAAGCAAAUAUGCAUUCCGCCGGAGCUGCCGGAAUUGCUGAAGCAAUUUACCAAAGCCGCGAUCCGGACCCAGCCACCGGAUCUCAUCCAGUGGGCUGCGGAUUAUUUUGGGGCUAUGUGCCGCGGAGAGAUUCCUUCAGUGAGAGAGCGGUCUGAGCCAGUCCCUUCGUCUAACUGGGCAGAGCUUACACCUGAGCUGUUGAAGAUCCUGCAUGCGAGGGUUGGUGGCAGACUGAUUGUCCAUGUCGAAGAGCUGGCCCAAAUGUGGAAGGUGCUGAGUCUCCCAACAGAGCUGUUUAACAGUGUGAUGAAUGUGGGCCGCUUCACGGAGGAGAUUGAGUGGCUGAAGUUUUUAGCCCUCGCUUGCAGCUCUCUUGGUGUUACCAUUUCCAAAACUCUCCAGAUAGCAUGUGAAGUUUUAUCAUGUGACCAUGAUUCUGGACCUGCCCGGAUCCCUUUCAGCACCUUCCAGUUUCUCUACACAUAUAUUGCUGAAGUGGACGGCGAGAUCUCUGCAUCACACGUCAGCCGAAUGCUGAACUACAUUGAACAGGAAGUAAUUGGUCCUGAUGGUUUAAUCAAGGUGGUUGACUUUACUCAAAACCCAAGGGUUCGUCUGGAGUAA